AUGAAGGCCUUUACCCUCUUCAUUCUCCUGGGAGCUGCUGUUGCUUUCGCCACUGAUGAUGAUGAUGACAAGAUUGUUGGGGGCUACACCUGUGCAAAGAAUUCCAUCGGCUACCAGGUGUCCUUGAACUCGGGCUAUCACUUCUGUGGAGGCUCCCUCAUCAGAAACCAGUGGGUGGUGUCCGCGGCUCACUGCUACAAGUCCAAAAUCCAGGUGCGUCUGGGAGAACACAACAUUAAUGUCCUUGAGGGCAGUGAGCAGUUCAUUAACUCAGCCAAGGUCAUCCGCCACCCCAGCUACAACUCACAAACCCUCAAUAAUGACAUCAUGCUGAUUAAACUGAGCUCCGCUGCUACCAUUAACUCUCAAGUGUCCACAGUCUCACUGCCAAACUCCUGCGCCUCUGCGGGCACCCAGUGCCUCAUCUCUGGUUGGGGCAACACCCUAAGCAGUGGCUCCAACUACCCAGACCUCUUGCAGUGUCUGAAGGCCCCCAUCCUCUCUAGCAGUGUCUGCAGCAGUGCCUACCCAGGCCAGAUCACCAGCAACAUGUUCUGUGCGGGCUACGUGGAGGGUGGCAAGGACUCUUGCCAGGGUGACUCUGGCGGCCCCGUGGUCUGCAAUGGAGCACUUCAGGGCAUCGUCUCUUGGGGCUAUGGCUGUGCUCAGAAAGACAAACCCGGCGUCUACACCAAGGUCUGCAACUACGUGAGCUGGAUUCAGCAGACCAUCGCUGCCAACUAG